CUUUUUUUUCUUCUAUAGUUCUGCAUUAUCAUUCACAUAAACCGAUUUCAAUUCAUUAUCAUAAGAAAUAAAUUAUGCAUAGGUAUUCUUUGUGUGUUUCUCUAUACCUUUUUUUCUUGUUUCUUGUUACAAUCUCUCAUGGAACAAUAUGUUCUAGUCACGACUUAAUCGACCAAACCUGCGAAAAAUGUGCAAACCAAUCUGUAAUUUUGAGCUAUAGUUUAUGCUCGACAGCUCUUCCGGUGGUUCCGGUGAGUCAUUCGACAAAUCUUGAAGGGUUGGCUAUAAUUGCAAUGGAGUUAGCUUUGGAGAAUGUGACUAAUACGCUUGCAACUGUAGAGAAGUUAUUGGGUGAUGAGAGUUUGGAUAAAUAUGUGAUGGGUUGCUUAACGGAUUGUUUGGAACUAUAUAGUGAUGCGGUAUGGAGGAUAGUGGAUUCCGUAGAUGUUUUCUUAUCGGGGAAUUAUGAAGUAAGUAGGAUUUGGAUGAGUUCGGUUAUGGAAGCAGCGUCGACAUGCCAACAAGGUUUUGAAGAGAAGGGUGAAGUUUCUCCUUUGACCGAGGAGAAUUAUAAUCUCUUCCAGUUAUGUGGUAUUGCGCUUUGCAUCAUCCACUUGUCUACCCCUGUGACUGCAAAUGCAAUACCUUUUUAAUCAAUUCACACCAAGUUCAACUGCAAAUGCAGUACCUUUCUGUUUUACUUGAGCUGAUUAUGUAGAGAUCCACGUUUUAACUUUA